AUGGAUUCAGAUGUUUAUUCAGGUUCAAUUAAACCACCUCGACAAGGAGCCGGGUUUCUUCUUCCCAAAAUUGAACAAACACGAAAGUUAAUCACGAAAAUUCUGAGAGAGUUAAAGAAAAGGAAGAAACCUCCUUCACCUUUUAAUGCUUACGUGGUUCGUACGGAUAAUUCCUUUGAAAAUGAUAUUCAUAAUCCUCAAAAUAUUUUUAAUACGGACGAAACCUGUGAUUUAUUAAGUCAAUUAAAAGACGUGUUGGUGGUUUGUAACAUACAAGGAAUUAAAUUUGCCGAAAAGACACCAACACCAUCAGAAUCUCCAAAUAUAUCUCGAGAUGCAUCACCGAAUCAAUCACGUUCAACGUCACCACUUCGUAAAAAUCGAAAUAAGAAAAAAUCCAAUUCCGGAAUUCUUUAUAAAAUUUUAGAAGUUUUUUAUGAUAUCGUACAAAAUGAUUGUCGAUAUAAAGUUCAUAAUCCUCGACCAUUGAGACCACCCAAUGCAUUACAUUUGAUUGUUUUGGAUGUCGCACAUCUUUUAAUUAAUCAAAAUUCAUCUUCACCUAGUUGGUUAUAUGAAAUUGGAAUGACGAUGAUACCAGGAUUUAAUUGUUUUAUAGCAAUUGAAAUUCAUUGGCCAGAUUCAGAUGGUUCUUCAUUAACAGAUAUGGAAUUAUCAGAAGAUGAAUUAAUUAAAUAUGGUAAUAAAAGAAAAGGGAAUAAAAAUUCAUCAAAACGAUUAUCAAUUUCAUAUACAGGAGAAUUUGAUAUUGAUGCAUAUUAUGUUGAUUCAUUAUUUACACCAUUAUUAUUUUCAAUAAUUCAAUUUAUAAGAAUUGAAAAUUCUUCAUUGGAAACUUUACAUCAAAUGCAUAAAACAUUAGGAAUUAUGAUACAACGAAAACCGGAUCUUUACCUUGAUAUAAUAGAAAUUAUAGCAUUAGGGGAUUCAAAUUGUAGAAAACUUGCAAUCAAUAUUUUAUUUCAUUUUUGGGAAAAUAGUACUGGUCAUCCAGCAAUUGGUGAAUCAUUACCUACAAUAAAUUAUUUUACUGAUUUAAAAAUAAAAGAAAAAGAAAAGGAUAAUCAUUCAUCAAUAAUCAUGAUUGAUAAACAUGAACAAUUUUUACCAACCGAUAUUCCAAAUGCUUGUGUUCAAUGUUUUAAAUCAAUUAUUGGAUUUGGUAUAAGAUCGGAAUAUUCAUUAAUUGAAUCUGGAGUUCAUAAGUUAUCAACCCCUAGGUAUUGUAACGUUAAACAUGGACCCAGGGAAUUAAUUUCAAUAAAUCAAAAUGUUGAUUCAAAACUUCCAAUAAUUUCAAAAUUUAUAGCCAAUCAUAAAUUUAGAUUUAUUAAUUUAUUCACUUUAACCUUAUGUAUGAUUUGUCGAUUACCAUUAUGGGGAAUUAUGUAUCAAGGUUAUAGAUGUGAAAUUUGUAAUAGAUUUAUUCAUUCCUCAUGUUUAAAUUUAGUGGAAAAAGAAAUUGAUUGUCAACAAUCAAUCUUAAGUGAAAAUGAUGCAUUAAUUAAUCAUGAAAUUUUAAGGGAAAGUUUUAAAAAUUAUUAUAAACAAAUAUUAAUUCCGGAAGAGAAGAUCAUCAAUUAUACAUAUGAAGAAUUAUCAGUUAUGGUAACAAUUUUACAAAUGCAAAAUAAUUUAUUAAAUAAUGGAAUAAUGGCUGGAUGUUUAAUAGUUAAACAAAAAUUUCAUAAUCCUUUAUCACCAAGAAAUGAAAAAUUUAAAAAAUUCGAAUUACAAGAAUUUAUUGAAAUUUAUGAAACAUAUCUUAGAAGUGGAAAAAUAUCAUUAACGACAAUAUCCGAAGAAUAUUGGGAAAGUGUUGGAAAGAAAUAUAAUCCAUGGAUUAUUUCAUGUGAAGAUUAUCUUGCUCAUAUAUCCGCAGCAAUUAAAUCCAGAAUUGAUUUUGAUUAUUUUAAUAACAAUGAUCAUUUAAGUGUAAAUGAUGGAAUUCUAACUUCAAUAGAAUUAAUUCAAUGGAUGAAGAAAAAUUUAGGAAUGCUUAAUGAAUAUUCAAUCAAAAUAUUUUUACAACAAAUGUCUAAUCAUGGAUUUUUAGAACGAAUUGAUGGAAAUCCAAUAUUAUUUCCUUCUGAUGAUAAUAAUAAUCAUGAUGAGAAUUCAGAGAAUUUAGAAAAUUUAGAAUAUUCUUUUCCAUUACCAUUCGCUACAGAAUGUUCACCAACUGUAGAAGCUUUAAUUACAUCAAUUUCUGCUUGUUUAUCAGAUAUUAAUAUAUCAAUUAAUGAAUGUGGAUUUCUUUUAAUGACAAGAAGAUGUUGGCCGGAUCCUUAUAUAUCGAAAUAUGUAUUAGAAAGAUUAAUUUAUUCCAUUAUUGAAUGGAUUUGUAAUGAGGAUGAUAAAUUAUUAAUAAUUGCUAGAGAAUAUACUUCUGCUCAAAUUAAACUUCCUGGAGUUAGAGAUGAAAUGGAAAACGUCGGUGCUGGUGUCGGUGUCGGUGGUAAAGCAGGAAGUAGUGGGGGUGGGGCUUAUUUGAUAAGUCGUCGAAUGCUAAAAGAAAAAUAUGUCAUAAAUUGGUUAUUAACAAUUCAUGAUAUGGAUGAAGAAUUAUUUUGUAAUAUAAUAUUUGAACAAAUUGGAAGAAUGUAUGAAAAUCAACGUCAACAAGAAGAGCUUGAUGACGAUGAUAAUAAUUUGGAGAAUGUAUUUCAUAAUCAUGAUCGUGUACUAAGAUGUAUUAUAAAAUUAUAUAAUUCAGAUUUGUUAUUUUCUUCUUACAAUCAUAUAUUAUCACGUUGGUUAGACGAAGCUUGUGUUAUAUUAAGAGAUCAAUCAAAGGUUUUCGUGGAAUUCAAAACAUUAUAUAAAAUGUUUAGUUCCAUAAAAACAAUUUCUCGACAAAGAACUGCAUCUAUAGUGGAUCACAUGGCAAUAUCCACUGAAAUUAAUAAUAAGAUUAAUAUUAUGGAUCCAAUUGAAAUUAUUACUCGGCUUUUUGUGGAAAAUGAUUUUGAAAAAUUAUCAAGAGCUUUACAUUGGAUUGAAUUGAUGGUUCGAUCAAGUAUCGGACUUAAUGGUUCAGUUUUUUCUGAAUAUUGUUCACACUUGUCCAAUAUUUCUUUAUCCCUUGAACAAUCUAUAACAUUUUUACAAUCCAUGUGGUAUCAGGUGAUAAUUGGAUUGGGACAUUUAAUUACUCGUGGAAUUAUAUUGGAAAUUGUAUCUAAUUUAAAUGAAUUAAAUUUUGAAAUCAUUAAAAAAAUUAAUGAUGAAGGUUAUGAAAUAGAAAUCGAGAGUGCACGUAAUUUUAUCAAGAUUUCUCUGGUCUUGGCUUUAUAUGCAUAUAGUUGUCCACUUGAUGGUAUUCAUAAACUUGGUAUCGUGGAACUUCCUCGUGCUAAUAUAACUGCUGAAACACCUUUAAUGAAAUGUUUAUUAUCAUAUGCAAGAUUUGAUAAAUUAGAUGUUCGUGGAGAUGUGAUCAAAGCGUUUUGGCAAUUUUUCAUUUCGGCUGGACUCGCUCCUAUACAUGAUCCAUUAUCUACUAUAUCGAUGCCUUUAUUAAUAAGGAUGGUAUGGGCGGAUUCACGUUUCUUUCUUGCAUCCGUUAGUAAAGUAUUUGAACAUGAAAGUUGGGAAGUUAGAUUUGAUGGUCUUGAUAAUUUAUUUGGUCUAUUUUCAAAACUUGAUGAAAAAUAUGAUGUUCAAAGAGCUGGUGUAUUUGCUUAUUUAGGACCAGUUUUUAGUUAUUUGGUUGAUUGUUUAUGGGAUAAAGAGGAAUUUGUAAGAACCAAAGCUAUAACUUACAUCAGAUCCAUGCAACCUCAACAUGUUCGUUUAGCAUUUAAAUGUUGGGAAGGAUACUUUAGAGUAUCUUCUAAUCGGGAGAAAACAUUAUUAUGUCGAUUAAUGAUAAAGUUAAAUGAGAAAUUUCCUAAUUGGCAAGAAAUUGAAGAAGAAGAAAUGGCAGCAACAACCGAAAUUUUGGAAAGUUACGUAAGACCGGAUAGCGUUUUGGUAGUUGGACUUAAACAUUUUCAAGAGGAAGAACCAAUUAAUCAAGCAACUGGACAAAAAAUUGCCGAAAAACAAAAUUUAAAAGUUACAAUGUUAAAUUUAGCACUUCAGAUGUUAGCCAAUGGAAUUGAAAUAAACAAAGAACAAAUAAUCAAAUUAAAAUUUGUGGUGGUAUCAAAUUUAGGAUUUACUGAUUAUGAUUUUAUUCAAAAUAUGAUGAUGAUAUCUUGUUUGGGAAAUCUUAAAAAAGUACUUGAUAGACCAAUUUAUCUUAGGAAUUCAAAUAAAACUAAUAAUCAUAUAAAUACAGAAGAAAUUGAUUUAGAAGAUGAAUUGGCAGGAGGAUAUUUUGUUGAUGUAAUAUUUUCUUUAAUUAAUUCUUCUGUGGAUAUGUCAAAAUUAAGUCAUCUCAUGUUUAAAAUUUGGAUCGAAUUAUUGCUUAUUGUCAUAUAUAAGCACAAAAUAGAAGAUCGACGUAAUAGAGAUUUUGAAGAAACAUUAGCUAACGCGAUGAGAAAAAUUUCGGAAUUAUUAUUGGAAGAUAAUAUAACGGAAGAGAAUAAACAAUUAACUAUUGAAUUAGCUACAUCAUUAUUAAAAAGGGCACCAAUGUUAACAGUUAAUAUACUUGGGAAGCAAAUUGUUACUCUUGGAAAACUUUUAACUCGACUUGGAAAUAAUGUUGAUACAAAUAAUGGCUCAUUGGCGAUGAGUGCAAAAACAUUUUUAAGAUCGGCGUUUCUUAAAUUUGCGAGGAAUGGUUUAUUUGUCUUGAUUUUUAAAAAUCAAACAGUGGCCGAAGAAAAUAAGUCAAGUCUUGAUAUGUUUAAAGUUCUUCGAGAUGUAAUAAGGGAUGAACAAAUUCCAAAUGAAGAUGAAUCCCAAGAACCAACUUAUUUACGUGAUGAACCAAUUCGUGAUGUAUUUAAUCAAUUAUUUAAAUUUACAAAUCGAAAAAUCGUUUCAACCAUUUUAUGUAAUUUAAAUAAAUAUGUCGAAAAAGUUUAUUCAAAACCUUAUAACGAACAAUUGAUAUUUGAUUUGGGACAAUUUUUAAUUAAAUUGACUAAACAUACAAGUGAAUGGAAGACAGCAGAAUGGGAUAUAAAUCCAGUUAUUAAUAUGGGUUCAAUAGUGAUGAUAGAAAAUCCAAUUCAUGCAAAA